AUGAAGCUCGUCAGGUUCCUCAUGAAACUCAACAACGAGUCGGUCACUGUCGAGCUUAAGAAUGGCUCUGUAGUGCAUGGAACUAUAACGGGCGUUGAUAUGCAGAUGAACACACAUUUGAAAACCGUAAAGAUAACAGCAAGAAACCGCGAACCCGCAUCGCUGGAUGCCCUUUCUAUCCGUGGCAAUAAUAUCCGCUACUUUGUGCUUCCAGAUGCCCUUCCACUCGACACAUUGUUGGUUGAUGAUGCGCCGAAGCCGAAAAACCGCAAAAAGGAGCUCGAUGGAGCGCGUGGUCGUGGAAGGGGACGGGGCGGGGACAGAGGAAGGGGUGGUGGUGGGCGUGGGCGUGGUGGAGGUCGUGGCAGAGGGAGAGGUUUCUAG